GACCUGGGAGCGCGGACAUGGAGGCGCCCGGGGUGCUGCUAGUGAUGGGUGUGAGCGGCUCCGGGAAAUCCACUGUGGGUGCGCUGCUGGCCUCCAAGCUGGGAUGGAAAUUCUAUGAUGCCGAUGAUUACCACUCCGAGGAGAAUCGGAUAAAGAUGGGGAAAGGGGUACCACUGAGCGACCAGGACAGGAUCCCAUGGCUUUGCACCUUGCACGGCAUUUUACUAAGAGAUGUGGCUUUGGGACAGCCUGUUGUUCUAGCCUGUUCAGCUCUUAAGAAAAUGUACAGAGACAUCUUGAUCCGAGGGGGAAGUGAUGCGCCCCUGAAAAGUGAUGGCUCAGCAAAGGAGGAACCGCUGGCCGGUGGGAAACUCCUGGUGGUCUACCUCUGCGGCUCGUUUGACGUCAUUUAUGGACGCUUGCUCCAAAGAAAAGGACAUUUUAUGCCACCCGAGUUACUGCAGUCCCAGUUCAGUAUUCUGGAACCCCCAUCAGCUCCCGAAAACUUCAUCCAAGUCAGUGUGGACAAAGGUCUCCCGGAGAUCGCUGCUGCUGUUAUGGAAGCCCUCAAAUGAAGAACUCGUUCAUACCAGAGUGCACUCUGCUCCCAAGCUCCUCGCCAGUGGUGUCUUCUGAAUUCUUUAUUUAAGAGACAGGGUUUCUCUGUGUAGACCAGGCUGGUCUGGAACCCAGAGAUCUGCCUGCCUCUGCCACCCCGAGGGCAGGAAUUAAAGGAGUGCACUACCA